GACAGUGUAGGACUUCCUUGCUCCAAUAUCCAAGGUUGUUUUGGUCAUUAUAGUUCAACAUCAUGUUACAUAAGAACAGCCUAGAACCAACCCGACACGAGCAAAGAGAGAUGGGAACCGUUAGUAACAUUGGCUUCCCUUCACUAUUCAGAGUUCAUCUAGAUUCACAAGUACUAUCAAAGCAUAUGAAGAAUAAAUCAUCGUGCGAUUUUAUGGUUCCUUCUAAUCAUAACUACUCUGUUAGGCUGAGUCCAAUAUGUUGUAAGCUAUCAGAAAGUGGGAUUGAGGAGAACCACACGAGCACGAGCACGGGCAAGAGGCCCUCUAAGAUCAAGGACAGGAUGGAGGAGUACAAUAUAGCUAUGAAGAAAAUGAUGAGGAACCCUUAUGAGUAUCACCAUGAUCUGGGUAUGAAUUAUACUCUUAUAACGGACAAUUUGAUUGUUGGCUCCCAACCACAGAAACCUGAAGACAUAGAUCACCUCAAAAAGGAAGAGGGUGUGGCAUACAUUUUAAACUUGCAACAAGAUAACGAUGUUGAGUAUUGGGGAGUAGACUUGCAGUCAAUAAUAAGAAGGUCUCGUGAACUUGAAAUUAGCCACACAAGGAGACCGGCAAAAGACUUUGAUCCAGAUUCCUUGCGAAAUGAACUACCUAAAGCAGUCUCAUCCUUAGAAUGGGCAAUUUCUGAGGGAAAAGGAAGAGUUUAUGUGCAUUGUACUGCUGGACUUGGAAGAGCUCCAGCGGUGGCAAUUGCUUAUUUGUUCUGGUUUUGUGACAUGAAUCUAAAUGAAGCAUAUGAUAUGCUAACUUCAAAGAGACCUUGUGGACCAAAUAAAAGAGCAAUACGUGGCGCUACUUAUGAUUUGGCUAAGAAUGAUCCUUGGAAGGAGCCAUUUGAGACUCUUCCAGAAUAUGCAUUUGAGGAUAUAGCAGAUUGGGAAAGGAACUUGAUUCAAGAUCGUGCCCGCUCCCUUCGUGGAAUUUGACAACUUCGGUUUCUACUUAUCUACAUAGGUUGCCACCCUUGCUGGGAUGGUAUCAGGUGCCAUGAUACUGCUCAAGUUGGAGAUAUUUUUUCAAGCAUAUUCAUACUGAUAUGGGCACAUAGCUUACAACGUGUACGAAAUAUUCAGUAUCGUACAGACUAUAGAGUGGUAAAUAAUCAAUUUUGCGAAUAAUGCACCAUAAUUGUAGACGUCCUAAUAAUAUCUGAGAGUGCAAAAUGCCUAGUUGAUCUAUUGGUCUGUCAAUUCUAAAUAGUGUCAAAAUGAUGUAUAUAAGUAGAGGAUAACCUUUAUUUUAUGACGAUAACUUUUGGGGUUGAGUUAACAUAAUCCCAAAUUAUGCUGGUAUCAUAGAUCCAUUAGCAGUAUCAUGAUGAUUCACAUCAAGGACAUGCAACUACGUGUUUCUUAA